AUGUCUGACACAAACAUUUACUCCUUCCAUCCUGAGGGAAAGGUUAUCUUUGUUCUGACAGAAGAGCCAUCCACACCCUCAGACUCCACUUAUCAAGGAGCUCACGAAUCUGGUAACUUUGGAGGUGCUUCAGCGCGCUCACGAACAUGCAGCUCGCAGCGUUCCUACAUCAACCUAGCUGAACUGAUUCCUAAGGAUGAUAACCCGUCGUCAAUAAUCGCUCUAGCCCUGAAGAAAGAGAUCCUCAAAGACGAACGCACCCUCUCUGAAAUCCCUCAAGCUCCCAACAAGUAUCUGAUACAAGCAUCUGAAAAACACCUCGCUCUGUCAUCGCCCGUAUUCACACAAAUGCUCAGCGGCCUCUGGAAAGAGACUAUCGACCUCGCAACAGAAGGACACAUCCGAUUCGAGAUCAAGAAGUGGGAUCUGCAGCCCUUUCUCAUUUUUCUCCAAGUAAUGCAUGGCCGACCAGAGCCCAAGGGUCUGGAUGUGGACACAAUCACCGAAGUGGCGCUCCUAGUCGACUACUACCAGUGCCUGGCAGAAUUUCGACGCGCCAUGCGUGCAUGGCUAAAAGAGGUCAAGAAGACUCUGAGUCCUUCCUAUGAGACAUAUAUGAAGUGUCUGUGGGUCUGCUGGCAACUCCGUCGAUCAAGCGACUUCCGAGAUUUCGGCAAUCUCGUGGUGUACUUUGCGGGCGACCUGAUCGAGGGCGAGGGUCUGCCGUUCCAUCCCGUCGUGCUGGGUAUGACUCCGCUCCUGGCUUUCUUCAUGUCAUUAACCGACUAUCAUGCAGACAAGCUCAACGCCGCCCGGAAGAAGGCCCUGAUCCCAAUCAUCCGCCGCUUGCCGAUGCACUACAACAGCGAGAGACCCGCAGAAUGGGUCCACCGGGGCUUCUGCGGCGAAUGUGCGACGCUGCUGAGCGGAUUGUUGGAUUUCGAUGUCCGACAGGCCACUCGCGAUGCAUAUCCGGUUGCACCCUUCUCUGGUCUGAGCUUUGCUAAGCUCGUCGGAAUGGAAUGUCGAGGACGCCAGUGCCAGGAUAUGGGGAUUAUUCAUAUCGAGCGAAUGUACCAGACUGUGGACCAUAGUGAUGCUGGGUCGGUGUCUCAGUUUGUCCGCAAGCUGAAUAUCAAGCCGGUUACCUUGGAGGAAUGUUUGAAGGUGAUGGCUAGGUAG